AUGGCUGUGACACAAAGGCAGCCUGUCAAACAGGCAGAACAGCAGACGGAUAUUCCCAGCUUGCAAUCCCUCAAAGAUGCAAUCCCGAAGGAAUGUUUUGAAUCGUCCCUCACAACCUCCCUCCUCUACCUCCUUCGAGAUUCUAUCUAUUGUGCAGCUCUGAUUUACGCUGCCCUCCAUAUCCACCUUCUCCCUUCUCUGCCUAUGCGAAUUGUUGCCUGGGCCGUGUAUGGGUUCUUCCAAGGCUGUGUUGGCACAGGACUAUGGAUUCUUGCUCACGAAUGUGGCCACGGUGCCUUCUCAAAGCACCAAGGGAUCAAUGAUUUCAUUGGCUGGGCUACACACUCCUUCCUGAUGGUUCCAUACUUCUCAUGGAAGAUCACACACGCUCGUCACCACCGCUACACUGGUCACAUGGAAAAGGACACCGUCUUUGUCCCCUGGACCGAGGAUGAUUUGGCGUCGAAGAGAAAUGUUAGCGUUGAGCAGUUGAAGCACCUUGCCGAGGAGACACCCAUUGUCUCAUUUGUCCAACUUAUCGGACACCAAUUGUUGGGAUGGCAGAUGUAUCUCAUCCUGAACGUGACUGCCGGUACCAAGAGUGGCCCGGAUGGAAGCGAGAAGGUGAAGUUUGAGAGCCAUUACAACCCAUCGAGCGCAAUUUUCACGGCCGCUCAGUGGAAGCUCAUUGCCUACUCCGACAUCGGCUUGCUGAUCAUGGGCUCUAUCGUGUGGUACACUGGAACUAUCAUCGGAGCGUGGAAUGUCUUCUUCCUCUACGUUGUGCCAUAUCUCUGGGUUCAUCACUGGCUGAUUGCCAUCACAUACCUCCAACACACCCACCCCGAGGUUGCUCACUACACUGCCGAAGCCUGGACUUACACCAAGGGAGCACUGGCUACCAUUGACCGCACGACCGGCUUCAUUGGCCGUCACUUCUUCCAUGAAAUCAUUGAUUACCAUGUGGUCCACCACCUCUUCAGCCGCAUUCCGUUCUACAAUGCAGAGAAAGCCACCAAGGCCAUCCAGCCUAUGCUCGGUGAAAACUACCACGAGCAGAAGGAUGAGAGCUUCUUAUAUUCCUUGAUGGUUACCUUCCGCAAGUGCAUCUAUGUCUCCGAGAGCAAGGGUCGCGCCAGUGGACAGCCCGGAGUUCUCCACUUCGUUCUCUCGGAUGAGAGCAAAUAA